UAGUUAACAAACAUGUCUGCUCUCCCGCCAAAGAUGCGUGUGCUUGCGGCGGUGGUAUUAACAGCCUUCGCCGCCGCGGCAUCGAGGUGCGCGGCCGCAGGCGCAAACAAGCCACUGCUGGUGGAGAACCUGCCCGCCUCCGCCGAGGCGAAGGAUUUCAUCCGCGCCGGCUGCAACGAGACCUGCAUCAGGAGGCCGGAUGCCGCCAGGGCGUGCUACGAGCUCCUGCUCCCGUACGCCGCGUCCAUCAACAGCAGCUACAACAGGGCCUCCCUCGCCAUCGUCACCGUCAUGGUGUCCAAGCUCGCGGACCUCGCCAAGGACCUGCGCUCGUUCGGCGAGGCUGGCAAACUGGAAGGGUGCAUCAGGAUGCUUGACGAGACCGUCGCCGGGGCCAGGGAUCAGGCGCUGCCGGCGCUCGGCCGCAUAAGCGCCAUCGCCGACGACAAGCUAAAAGCCAAGGACCCGGACUUUCUCCUCGUCUGGAACUGGCUCCGCGACGUCGACAUCAACUUCGUCAAGUGCUGGGAUGGUGGCCUCAAGCGCAUCAUGGAUCGGGUCCCCAGCUCCAUCGUGGCGGACCACUCCGAAUAUGCCGCCGCUGCUAUUAUCUCCAGGCCCAGGCUCAAGUGGGCUCCUCAAUCUCCAGACGGAGAAAACCCAUAGGACGUUUUGCAUUACCUGCAUCGGUGCCUAUCCAAAUCAGUCCUAUCUCUUCAUGUACACUAUUUAUAUUAUUCAUUAUAUUCAUGGUAAUUCUAUUCAAUAAUUAAGAUUCCUUAUUCAGUAAUAAAGCUAUAUAUAUGUAUGCUUCCAUGCAUUUGAGUUGAUCAUUUA